CGAAAAUCGCGUCCUUGCGACUACCCCGUCCGCCGCCGACGCCGCCGACCGUUCCGCGACCACGAACCCCCAGCCUUCGGGAGUCCCGCUCCUGGCGUCCCGCGACCCCAAGGCUCCGUUUCGUUCGUCAUUUUGUUCGUUUUCGUGCGCGUUAUUGAUUGCAUUGCGCUGGACUGCCGUGAAGCGGGCUUAACCGCGCAGUUUCCUGCAUUACCGGCAAUGGCCGUAUCACUGCGUUAAAUAAUCAAUAACACAAAGUCGAGUGCGUUAAUAAUAAGCUGGUUGGAAAAAAUGGGCAGAGCGCCCGGUGCGGUACCUGGAGGUCGUCGCCGACGGCUCGCGGACAGCUGAAGACGGGGCCCCCGUUUCCGAAACUCGCCAGCUGUCAAAGCGGAGGAAUUCAUUUUCGUAUCCUUGGAGACUGCCUAGCAACCAUAGCUAGCAACCGAUACAACAACAUAGCAACAUAGGUAAAGCCGAAAGUGGUGAUAUUUUGGUGUUUUUGCCGUUUGCACGUGCACCGCCGCCGCCGCCGCCCCCGACGUCAUUAGCAACUUUAAAUUAGUUUCGACGAGUCAAAGGGCGCUCAAUUAGGGGGCAGUCGCCCGACUUUGAUGACGAAUUAACUUGGCAGGUGAUCGCAAAUUGGGCAUUCUUCUGUUGUAGAGAAAUGCAGUCGGAAGAGAGGGGGCAUCAGGAGUAGCCUUGGAAACGCAGCCAUGGCAACUACAGCUCGAUUUGCAGCAGGAGGCAGCAGCAGCCCUCCCACUCCCACUCCGGCCACUUCACCCCCGGCCCAAACUCAGGCUACCCAGCUAAUCGUGCUGCCUGCUAGUUUGCACCAGUCGACCGCAGGAGGGGCAAUUGUUAACGGGGUGCCGGUGAUAGACGUCUCAGCAUUGGAGCAAGCUGCUGAAUCGAGCAACGAGAGCACUGCCACAGCCGAACAACAAGGAGAGACGCACGAUUCGGAAAAUAUCGCACAGAGCUCACCGCACUUCAUCACAGUCACAGUUGCCGAAGGCGACACGGUGGCAUCGCAUCAGGGUUAUCACAUACAGUAUGUGGAGCCGGAGAUUUACGCCACACAGACGAACAGUGGGCAGGCACAAAUGGCGUAUCCGGUGUACACCGUAGGCGAGACAACGACCCUUUACUCAGCCGGCCAAGGCCAGUACUACGCUGCGACGAACGCAGGGGCGUCUGCGACUCCCGGAACCGUUGGUUAUAGUACGACUAGUGGUCACUACGUGGUGCAACAGGCCGUCGAUCCCGAUACGCUGAUAGCGUCUACGAGGAAUUCCCCACAAACCACAAACGCUGAACCGAGCUAUGUAGCUACUGCCACAGUGCAUGCUGCUCAGACAACGGGUCAGGUUUCCAACGAAGAUGUCGGAUCUGCAUUGGGACACGCCACCAGAGUGUCGCCAGCUACCGUUCAAUGGCUGCUAGAGAAUUACGAAACCGCCGAAGGGGUGUCUUUACCCCGUUCAACCCUCUACGCUCACUAUUUACGUCACUGUGCCGAAAACAAACUCGAACCGGUGAACGCGGCAUCUUUCGGCAAGCUUAUAAGGUCCGUGUUCUUGGGUUUGAGGACGCGGAGGCUGGGUACUAGAGGGAAUUCCAAGUACCACUAUUACGGUAUUCGGGUGAAACCUGGUUCGUCUUUGAUGAACAUGGACGAAUCCGGAAAUCGGGUGGUAUUGAAUACUUCGAACUCGUCAGGGAAAGCACAAGGAACGGUCCGGCCUUUCAAAAGAAGCACAGAUUCGUCAGACGCUUCAGUUUCCGUUACGGCUAUGACACAGCACGUUACUUAUCUAGGUGAUGGCAGCAACGCUAUCCCCAUGUUCCCCGACAUACACUUCACGGAGUCGUUGCCUGACGAUUGCGGUUACGAGGACGUCGAUACGUUAAAGUCUAUUUAUAGGGAACACUUAGAAGCCUUCUUAGAUGCCAUAUUAAGUUUAGAAUUUAGCACCGUCGAAUCAUUGUGGCGGGAGUUCUGGAGGUCGCAGUACAACAACAACGGCGACGAAUGCGAAGAAGAAAAAUACCUGUCAAAAUCAAAACUCUUCUGCCUAUGUUCUUUAGAGCCUGUCCAACAAUUCAUGAAGCAAGUCGAUCUAGUUUUUUACCAGAAUCUUAUCCAAGUCCUCGUACCUGACGUACUUAAACCCAUACCGGCCACUCUCACCCAGUCGAUACGCAACUUCGCGAAAAACUUGGAGAACUGGCUUACGAGCGCCAUGACCGGCGCUCCCGCGGGCAUGCUAACCGCGAAGUUAACCGCGGUAUCGGCGUUCAGCUCCAGUCUGCGCCGGUACACGUCCCUGAAUCACCUGGCCCAAGCUGCUCGAGCGGUCCUUCACAACAGCACCCAGAUCGCCCAGAUGCUGACCGAUCUGAAUCGGGUUGACUUUCACAGCGUCCGGGAACAGGCGUCUUGGGUGUGUCAGUGCGACAACGAGAUAGUGGCCCGGUUCGAAAACGACUUUAAACUGACACUGCAGCAGCAGAAUUCGCUGGAACAGUGGGCGUCGUGGCUGAAGAACGUCGUCAAGAGCGCGUUGAAGCCGUACGAGGGGAAACCCAGCUUUUCAAAGGCGGCGAGGCAGUUUUUGUUGAAGUGGAGUUUCUAUAGUUCGAUGGUGAUUCGGGAUUUGACUUUGCGGUCGGCUGCAAGUUUUGGGUCUUUUCAUUUGAUCAGGUUGUUGUACGACGAGUACAUGUUUUACUUGAUCGAGCAUCAGGUCGCCGAAGCUACGGGUGUUGUUCCUAUUGCUGUUAUUCUUGAAGGAAUCAAACAAGAUAUAAUGCAAAAUAGUUUGUCGAUCUAUGGCAACGAUGGCGUUUGCAAUGGGGGUGUGAGCGCGAAGCUGAGCUGCGUCAGCCCCUCAGAGCACCUGUCAAAAAGGGCUAAAAUUAGCUAGCUUUCGAACGGGACAAAGUUCAUCGUAACGUUUCAAUGAUGUUGUGUUAAUUUUUUAAAUACAUUGUUUUAUUUUGGUAAAUACGGGACCAUUAUUGUUUGUUUGAGUUAUUUUAAAAUUGGUUUGUCGGUUUUAUCAUGGAGCAGCAUUAAUUUAUCGAAAAAAGACGAAGUCAUGUAUUUAGGAUGUGUAAUUUAAUGUUCGAGUUGUGCAAUUGGUUAUUGAAGCAUGUAUAAGUGCCGUCAAAUUUGUGUGACAAUAGGUGUAUAUAUUAUUACUUAUAUAUGUACAUUGCCGCUAAAGGAAUUCUAUGAUAUAUAAGUCAUUGACGUCAUGAGUUGAUCAGACUGAUUUCGUUGGGAUUUUUUUGUUGUAUAUAUAUCGUGAAGUAGUGUGUUUAUUUAUUGUUUUAUUUUUUCAGAUGCCUGAAGAGUGUUAAUAUUUGUUGUUUUUU